AUGAAAGAAGCUGAACAGAUGUCAGCUAAGCCAUUAUUUAGCAGUACACCGCGCCCUUCACCUGUUAACAAGCGACCAGCAAACAGUCAGGGGCCCAAUGAAGAGACAACUCAAAAGAUGGAUUCUCGACCUGUUGUAGAAAAAUCCCCACCUAAAAAAAGAUCCUGCAAACUAUCAACAGUGGAUCCAGCACAUCUAUUAGAAGCUGAAACUGCUGAUGCAAGCUGUGUGAUCAGUCAACUUUUCAAAAACUUUGCUGAUGUUUUAAGUGAGAAGGCGGCUGCAGACAUUUCCAUGAUGCAGGAACUGGAAGGCAUCGUGACUGAAGCUCGAAACCUGGAGGGUUAUCUUAAGGAGAAGAAACAUCUUCUGAGGGAGAAACUGUCUUUCAUUUCUGACAAACUAAUUGAACAGUAA